GUAUUUGGGAUUUUAUAUCAGUAAAAUCGAACUGAGAGAGGUUCGAACCACCCAUCAGUGAUGUCACUCUAGCAACCUUUGAGCAAGGGGAUUCCCGCUUUCUGGGCUCGGAAAGUUGGUACGAUGUUUAGCAACAUUGACGUCACAAACAGCGGUGUUUUGACCAAGAGUGCCGUCAGGAGCGCCGCUGGGCGUUUCAAGAAAUACUAUAAUAUGGAAGAUGAAGACGCUGAACGUAUAGUGCACGCAUAUUACAUGUUGUUCCACAUUAUGGCACCACAUAAAGAUUCAAUCACGCGAGAAGAGUUCAUAAACACCGUAUGGAGAGCCAGCUUUGGCAAAACAGAGGCCACGCUAAACAGAUACAAGAACGCAUACUCUGCAAUAUUUGACGUGAUAGAAACCGCCAAAAAAGGACGCAUGUCUUUCGAGGAGUUCAAAAGCUACUGGCAUAUGCAAAAAUGGAAUGAUUCACUUUGUGAAGCCACGUUUAAAUGGAUGGAUAAGGAAAACAAUGGUUAUGUUACAAAGGAACAAUUCAACGAUAUGGCUCUAGCUUACUACGAUUUGGAUGACAUUGUCGAUGGAGUGGAAGCAGAUGAGGAAGAUGGACUUCAUACUGGCUACAACCUUAUGUGGGGCCCAAUUGCUUGAAUCAGCAUGAGGAAUUCCUAUUUCGAAAGCACCUGAAAAUUACAACUUAAAAAUAAAAUGCCUAGCGGUAGCAUCCACUAUAAAUGUAAAGUAUGUAAACGAAGAGAAUUGUGGGUCGAGAAAACCUCUCUCAAAUGUCAAUUUUGAACUCCGUUAAAUGAUUCUAAAGUCACAAAAAGCCAUUCAGCAUACCGCAAUUAUCAGAUUAAAGGCAUUACAUGUGUCGCGUUUCAAGAGCAAAUAUGAAUCUAGUAUAAUGGAUAUAUCAACAAAUAUACUAUACGAUUAUCAUAUGCGGCAUCUUAAGAAAUACGGCAUUAUUAAAUUCUACGCAAUGAUCUCCAUUUCCCAAUACAUAAUCAGCGUUCAUGUCCGGUGAAUAAAAUCUCAACGAGGUCAGAGUUGAAACGCCAUAUAUGAAGGCGUGCGGGAUCUACGGAAUAUUCAAAAUGAACAAAACAACUAACUGUUUUACUAUUCUUAAUUGUAAAAAAUAAAUAAGAUAUUAUUCCAGAAGAGGUCACUUUAUAUGUAUGAUAAAAUAGUGCACAUGUUAUUGUUGGCGUGGGUUAUCUACGAAAAAAAUAUCGACCAAAUGCAGGUGGCAAUUUAAAUGCAAUUGUAUAAUAUUAAAAGACAGAUUAUAAUAGAUAGAGACGAUAGAUUUUUGCAAAAUGUUGAAUAAUAUAUUAAAUUAGCAUCAUUACAAAUGUUCUUUAAAUUGCUUAUUGUCUGAUUGUGCGAACCUCCAGUCACCUGAGCACUCGCCUCCGACUCCCGAUCCUCUUUAAGCACC